UUACGCACAUCCUAUAAAAUUUUAUUUGCCACAAAUUUCAUAUUAUGAAUAAAUUAUUAAGUUUCGCAAGUGUUUAUGCUUAUUUUUUCAAGAAAUAAGAAAUAAUGAACAACUACAAAUAGUCUACGAUAUGUAUGAAAGAAGCAUUUAAGAAACAAUGAACGAAAGAAAAAUAUUCAUCUUGCAAGCACAUACACUACUAAGCUUAGUCAGUCUUUUGGAUAUAUCCAUUGCUUGGAAGUUGCUUUCUCAGUUGUUUCGCGUCAGCCGUGUAGUAUUAACCGAAGUAACGAAGACUCUACAACUUUAAUUUAAGAUCGCGAUAGAGAAAAAAAAAAUAAAGAAUCUAAAGAUCUUAGUUGUAGAGCACACAAAAUAUAUAUAUUUUAUUUUUCUUUACCUUUAUUAUUACAGUUUCGUAAUAAUGCAUUUUCUUUAAUGUAGCAUACUUUCUACUUGUCCACUUUUAGUGUGAAUCAGUUUUGUGUAUUAUUUUAUUAUUUAUUAAGUUUCUCAACAACAACAACAACUGCACCUUAAUAAUUGCAAGAAAAUUUCACGAGGCCUGAAUUUAAAAGGCUAUGAUGAAAGUGACAUAAAUUACCCCAAAAAUAAAAAUAAAAAAACGAGCAAUCACUUCAACUUUACAUUUAAAGUGAAUUCAUUUAUAGCGAGAAGAAAAAAAAAUCAAGGAUUCGCACAUACGAGACGAGAACAUACGUAACGUGAUUAAAUAACGCGAUAGGCAAGUAACACGCUAAGAAGUGAAAAUGGGAAACUCAAAUAGCAUGAAUAAUCUAUCUAUGAUAGAUCAUAAAAGGCAGACAACAGAGUUUUUAAGAUACUCCCAAAUUCCUUAUGAGAGUCAAUUUCGAUCACCAAAUUCCAAUUCACAUUUAAAUAUUCAUGAGAUCGGUAAAUUAAGAAGCUCCACUAAUUAUCCGCCCAAUCCAAAUCCCGUGAAAGUGCUACCUGAUGUUAAGUUUGAACCAAAACUGCGCACGACAAAUAAUGGAGCUAUACUUCAAUCGGGUGGAACAAUAAGCGGAAGGAAAGACUCAGAGUGCGGCCUUCAUCGUUCGAAAAGCAUCUCAGAAUCGCAAAAUACGUAUUUAAGUAAUCCAAAUGGAACGGCGCAACCAUCACCGCCAGUUUUCAAAAUGCAAAGAGCCUCAACACAACUUUCUAUCAAUCAUAGAGCACCAUCAAAGCCCAAUUUGCCUAGACACUAUGAUGAUACCGUAAAAUUAGAAACAGUAGAUGUAAAAUUCAAAAAGACACAUGAUAUGCAAAAAGCUCAUCGAGCACCACAGCCACCAAUUACCAACAAAAAUAUUCCGUAUCGUGGAAAUCAAAAAGAGGUGGGGCCUAAACAACAUCCCGUUAAUCUAUCACAAGCCGUGCCGAAUCAAAAUCAACGACUUUUUGGAGACACUUUGACAAAGAAAAUGGAUCCACGACUAAAGACAUCAAUAUCGGCAUCGACACAAAAUUUAAACAAUCCAAAAAUUAGAAUGCAAAAUCAAGCAGUUCCAUUGAAUCCGAUCAAACCGAACAUGACAUCAUAUUUGAGACGUGAGAGAACUUUCGAUAUGACAUUAAUGACUGAUGUUGGACGAAAGAAAGAAGAAAUGAAGCCAAAAUAUUCACCUCAAUUCCAACGAAAGAAUCGUCAGCUUACAACUCAAGAGCGAUAUAAAGCAAAUGUUACAUCACAGCCGUUACCACCACCUCAGACUAGUACGCCUCAAACUAGUGCCAUAUCAAAGCAACGCCCAGUAUGUGUUAAAAGCCAUGAAAAAAUGAAGACUAUUGAUAGGAAAAAUGUAAAGAAAAAGCCAGCAGAAACUUCUGUGGAGCAGCUAUUUGCUGAUGCCAAAAAUGCAAAAGUAUCGAAUGAAAACAGCACUGUAUCAAAUACAGGCAAUUCUGUAUCAUCAUCAUUUAAUUAUCUUAAAGGACCACCAACACAGAAUGCUCAAAAUAUCGUUAAGAAACAACCUGAAAUUAUCAAGUCCAAUUCACCGACAGCAUAUUCACGCGAAAGUCCAAUUCGUCAAAUACAGCAACAACAGCAGCAUCAUCAUCAUCAGCAGCAGCAACAACCACAACAACAGCAAAUAUCUCCAAAUAAUUUCUUUUAUGAACUGAAAGAGACAACUGUUGAUUCAAUUGAUACAAACGAUGACAAAAAUGAAGUGAAUCAUGCGCAUAUGGAUAUAGUAAAUAAGUUUGCGGAAGAUAUAUUAAAAAUGAGUACGUUUGAUGUAUCACAGACCGAAGUAAUGACAGAAUCAACGACUUCAGAAGACUACGAAGACAUGAACAUUUUACUAGCAUUACGUCCAACAUUACCUCGACGGCAAUUACAAAUUCCACAUUUUAGUCCAUUGGCAGCAUGGCGAUCUAUUGAGAUCGAUAUAAAUAAUUUGAAUGAUUCGAAAAAUUCCAAAUUGAGUUCAAGCAGCUCGCAAUUACAGCUCAUAAAUGAGGAUACAAAAUUGGAAACGAAAAUCGAGAAAAUUUACCGCGAACCAUCAUUUAAUUUACAGCAAUUGGACAAUAAGAGUGGUGAUAGUGGUAUAUCCGCUGAUAAAGAAAUUGGAAAUUCACCAGACAGUAUGCAAAUACCACAAGCAUACUUAAUGAAUUCAUGGACACCACAACAAGAUCUUGAAGAAGAUGAAGAAUCAAUUGAUGGACAUGAUAUGAAUUACCAAUUAAAUGGCACUAUUGAGCAGCAACAAGCGGCAGCAAACGGACGGAUGUUUAGUCUUUCUCUCCCACGUGACAAUCAAAGUUCGUCAGAUAAAUUGAAUAAUUUCUAUAGUCUACAAAAGUUUAAAAAAGCUGUUGUUGAUGUCUAUGAAUAUAGCGAUGCCCGAAUUCAAUGCCAUAAUUAUGGAAGCGAUAAUAAUUGGCUAUUGAGCUCACAGCCAAAUUCAAUUGAUGAAUUGUCAUCGAAAAAGGAGAAAGAGAAAAAUCAAAUAAUAUCACAAAUGAGAAGUGGAAAGCACAUUAUGUAUCUUCCUUCACAUUGGAAUGACGAAACUCGACAAAUUGAAUCGCAUAAAAUGAUUCAACAGAGCAUAAUACAACAGUCUAAUGAUAUUGAAAAUGAAAACGUUAAUAUUCAUUAUUUGCAUAAAGAAAUUGAAGACAGUCAUGCGAAGAAAUCAUCAUCAAAGAAUCGAUUCAAAUUUCAGAGUACUAUAAGGCAGGUGGAGAGGCGAAAAAUAGCUGAGAAAUUGUCGAAAGAAGCCGAGGAGAAAGAGAUGAUGAGAUUAGGUGAAUUGGAGGCAAUGCAAAAAGUCGAAGAGGAAUUUCAGAAAAAGAGGCUUCGCGAAAAGAGUCGCUUGCGGCAUCAAUUGAGAAUCGUCUCGUUGGAAGAGAGCUAUGAUGGUCCACAUUAUAAUUUUAGAAAUGACAUAGAUUCGAGUGUAGACACCCGAACACCUUACAUCUCGAAAAUAAUUGAAGCCAAGAGCCCGAAAAAGCUCUAGAAAUUCUCUAUAACAAUAAUAAUUAAGUUAUAUCGUCUAGUCUAAGUGACUUUGUUAUAAUAAUACUAUUAUUUAAUUGAACUGCAAUUAAGUUUCAUAUGUCCAUUUACAUCAGUCUAUGCCACUUUCUGUCAUUAAAAAGGUCUGGCAGGCACUGAUUAGUGUUGUUACUUAAUUAAUUAUUAUUAUUAUUAAACCAUCAACUUAAGUAAUACGACUAGUAAGUAAUAUUCUGACAAUUAUAUUUUUGUCACCGUUACUGUAUGUACUUAAUGACUACCUAAAUUGUUGAUUAAUGUUAUUAUUUAAAUAAAUUAUUAAAACGAAUCCA